AUGCCCUACAACACCACAGCAAUCCCUCCGAGAAAGGAGGUGACAGGCCAAACGCAACUGCCAUUAUCCAGAGUCAAGAAGAUCAUCGCCCAAGAUCAAGAUGUUCAGAUCUGCUCAAACAAUGCAUCAUUUGCAAUCACAGUCGCAACAGAAAUGUUUAUACAACAUCUAGCAGCAAAAGCGUUGGACCAGGCAAAGGCAGAGCGUAAGCCGAGGAGAAAUAUUCAAUACAAGGACAUCGCCAACGCAGUACAUGGACACGACAACCUCGAGUUCCUCGAGGACCUUGUGCCCAAAACGGUCAAGUUCAAGGAUGUCAAGGCCACAGCUGCCGCAACGCGUGCCAGCUUGCGCGGGGGCCGGUCAGCGGAUGACGCUGAGGACGAGGAGCCGCGUGCGCCCGCGCCCAACGGCACCAAGAAGCAUAAGUCGAGCGCCAGCCGCUCGAGUCUUAACGGCAGCGUGGACAUCGGCAGUAUGCUUGGCAACGGCCGCGGCGCCAACGGAACGGAGCCACGCCGUCAAAGCGAUGCCGAGGAUAACUCUGCAGAUCCGAAUGACCAACUUGAGAUGGAGAUGAGGCAGGCAAGGGGCAACGACGGCGAUGUUGAGAUGGCCGACUAG